AUGUAUAUUCGAUCCUCGACGACAACCAAAGCGACCAGUGAAGGUGCGCUCGUCGUCUCGAUCACGGAGCUUCUUGUCGCAUGCAAUCAGCUCCUGCAAUCAGCCCAUGCAGCGCUGGACAAGGCCGAGAGUACCCACAGAACCGCGCAGCAGGUGUCGGCACAGUGCUCGCAAGACUCGAAAACCGCCCGCCGAGAGCUCGAGCUCGAGCGUGACACGGCUCAGCACCUGUUCCAGGUCCUGUACAUAGAGGCCUUGCAAAAGACUGCAGCUCAGGACAUCGAGCUGGCCAAGCUACGUCCCCACCAGGAGGGCAAUACGACGCUGGCAGCGCGCGUUGCGAGCCUUGAAGCGGAGCUACGUGAUGCGGCGCUAGGUUUGCAGCAGCAAGCGGAUGCCAAAAAGUCGAGUCUCGCGUCGCUCAAGUCGAUGGCCAACACGAUCGCCAAGCUCAAGCAGAAGCAGAAGGCGCUCAAGGUCGCGCACAAGAAGAUAAAAACGCUCGAAGCCGAGAACGCCAAGCUCAAGUGCACGAUUGCCAAGGGCGGUUCCCAGCCCCCGCGCAUCAAGGGCGGCAUGAGUAUCCCGUCAGUUUUCAAGAGCUUCUACGGCAACAAGGGCAAAUCAGCGACGACGGCGACCAACGGCAAGACGGUCACCAACGGCACGUCGCGGCCGGGGCUCAACCGCGUCGAGAGCAAGGCCCGCGUCAUUACGAGCAACUUGCCGCCGCAGGAGUCGUUCAACCUGGACUCGCUCCCGGAGGCGCCGCUGCCGAUGGGCUGGGAAGCCAAGGUCUCGCGCAACAACGGCAAGGUGUACUACGUCAACAAGUCACUCAAGCUCACGCAGUGGGACCGUCCGACGAUCGAGACGCUCAAGCUCAUGAAGCAAAAGAAGGCGCAGGAGACGACGGCGGCGGCGGCGACACCCGCGGCGCCCGUCGUUUCGACAACAACAGAGUAG